AUGUACGGGGCUGGGCGCGGCACCUCCUGCUCGGUGCCCCAGAGCAGCGACAGUGAUAUCACCGGCAUCCGGGUGUCCAUGGGCUUGGCCGGCCACAUUAAAGGGGUCUCCCUGAGACAAGGCUCCGUCUGGAGCGAGAUGUGCGGCAAGAAGGACGUCAUCAACCAGGAGUUCAUUCUGCGGCCGGGCGAGCACGUCAUUUCCGUGUACGGCACCAGCAAGAACUACUUCCGCUACCUGGUCUUCUCCACCGACUUCGGGCGCAGCGCCUCGUUUGGGCGGAAGGAGGGCCGCACCUUUACUGCCUACCCUGACGAACCCGGCCGUGUGCUGACCGGCAUCUUCGGGCAGUACAGCUUCCUGGGCCUCAAGCGCCUGGGCUUCAAGUGGGGCCAACCCCUGGUGCAGGCCACGAUGACCCCCCCGACGACAAAACAGAAAACCACCAAAGAAAGCUGGUGCGACAUGCUCUGA